AUGGAGAAAGAGAGAAGAUCCUCCAAACAGUACGGAUCUGUGGAGAAGACGCAGCUGGAAGAAGCGGCGGAGAAAUCAACAGAAGAUGUCGUUUCAAUGGCCGACUCCACCAUCACGGUCGAGGACAUCGAGGGCGAGCUGUGCAGAAUCGAGCGGAUAAGAGACAUCCUCAUCCGGAGAGAAUCUGAGCUGAGAUACAUGAUGGACGACAUCCAGCUCUGCAGAGAAAUCACACGGCUGAAGACGGAGCUGCAGAAACUCGUCUCUCUUCCAGACGACGACAAGUCGAAGGAGGACAGAGAGAGAGAGGAGGAGCUGCUGCAGCAGAUCAGCAAGCUGGUGGAGACCAGAGACUUCCUGGUGGACGAUGUGGAGUUCGAAAGGCUCAGGGAGAGAGAGGAGGACAGAGAGAUGGCCGCCUUCUUACAGUCCAAAUUCCCCAAAACUCUGACUCCAAAAGGUGCUUUACAAGAUCAAAAAGUGGCGACCAAAUCUCAGCAGACGUCGGCGCCGUUCAUCACUAAAACUGGACUCACACUGCUGAAAGACUGCUGCGGCCUCACCUGCGCCGUCAUGUAA